CAUCACUCAUGUAACCACAACACGCCACAUAUGUAGCCACCACACAUCACUCAUGUAACCACCACACGUCACUCAUGUAACCACCACAUCACUCAUGUAGCCACCACUCGUCUCUUCAUUCGUGAUGCCGCCACGAUGCGCUCAUGUCCAGCAUUACCGUGCGCUCACGCGGCCUCCAUGCCUCGCUCCUUCCUCGCGCCUGGCAUGUGUCUCUCACACUUCCUGCCUCUCACCUCUGCGCCACGUCAGCUCCUCUGCACUCCCUUGUUAGCGUUCGUCGUGCUGUGAGGAGGCCACAGGGCGCCGACCUGAUCAAAGACCAGUAGUGUGUGUGAGUGCUCUUUCUGAGAGCUGCUAGUUCAUGUGUGCAAGUGAGUCUUUCAGUGUCUUGUGUGUGUGUGUGUUGGCCAUUUGUUUUGUUUAUCUCACUCUUGAUUCUGUGUGUUUUUGUGCCUUAUUUCUUCAGUGUCAAUGGACAGUACAGAUCGCCAUGUUUUAUUUAUUGCUGUCUGGCACUGCAGUUGAAAAGGCAGACACACACACACACACACACACAUGUGUCUCUCUGUCCUUGUGUGGACCUCUCCUGGCCAUCACCCUUUCCCCAGCCUCCCUGACUAAACACAUGGCUCACCUGAACCAAGACUCUGGACCAGAAAUCACCCAGUUAUUUUGGAGUUUGAAGCCUCAAAAUGAGGCUGAAGCUUGUGGGGACCAGCAAAAGGACACACUCGGUUCUGAGCUCAGACCUUCACUGGCUCCUAAACCUGGUGGCCUCAGACACCAGAGCCAGACGGCCGCCGUGCUGGCCGCCGGUCAGUCUGCGCUAACGCUUGAGCGACUCGUGAGAACUGAGCGAUGAUGUCACGCGGACAACGGCGCUUUAUCUCCACUGCUGCGUUACACAACCUGAUGGCCGUCCCUUCCGUGGACUGGCGGAUCAGCGAGUGUCCACAGGAAGCCGUGUCUCUGCUCUGGUGUCUGCUGGAUGCUGCUGCACCUGUCUCUUGUUGGGUUUGAAGGAAAAAUGCUGGUUUUACAAGGACACCGAGUGAGAGUGAGACUCCCUGGAGUCAGUGUUUGUGCAGUGCGAUGACUCCCCAAGUCAAAGUGGUUUGGGUAGUUUGACUCGCCUCAUUCAGAAGGAUAAAGGAAAGACUGGCUCCAUGAGAGGCCAGGGCUGGUGUCAGCUAGCUAGCAUCAGGCUACAUGGCGCUGACCUCACUUCCUGUAUCAGUCUUCCAGAAGUGUGUCCACGGUUUGAGUUUGUGUGUGUGGGAAGUCAACAGGCUGAGAGACUGGACUUAGUGGCCGGGCCUCACGCCGCUGAUUCUUCUCUGCUCCAAAUCCUGCCCUUGUGGACGCCACAUUCACUACACAUGUAGAAGGACGCCUCUUUUUCUGAGUCAAAGAAACUCUCAAAAGAGUGUGAGGGAGGGCGGUUGGGACUCACUCGGAGGUGUUGGACUCACUCUGAGGUGUUGGACUCAACAGCCAUGAUUCCGACUCACACUCUGCCCAUUAAAGUGAGUCCUGCACAGGAUUGUCUUGUGGGUCGGAUUCACUCAGUCAGGGAGUCAGAGGAUCAUCGGCCACCUGCUGGGGAGGCCUCUAGUGGACACUGCAGUUGCUAAGUAAGUCACCAACAAACUUGGUUUGUACUGCUGUUGGACUCACAAGCUCUGGAUGUGAGUUGAAUAACCAGAGAAGAAACUCUCGUGUGCAGCUUGUUUCUGACAUACUGCGUCUGUCGGACUCGGCUGCAGUCGCUGACUUGACUCUGUUGCUGGUUGGCUUGUGUUUCCCCAGUCAGGGAGUUGAGUCGCUCACUAAGCCGUGGUUGCUGUGUGCGCAUUCCAGCGUGUGGCCCCUCCGACCUUUGCUCUCAUUACCACAGAGGCUGUGGCCGGACUCGGUCUCGGCACCGUCUGGACCGACCCGCACGGAUCCGUCCAGUGUGUGGACUCUGGCUUCCGUUGUACUGUGUGCGUGUUAGUUGUUUCAGUCCGAGCUGUGGGUCUUGAAUUAGCUCAGUGAUUGGUUUCGUUCUGUGGUCCCGUCAGACGGACCGGGUCCCUCGGUGAGAGACGGUGAGAUCCGGAAGUCAGAUCCCAGUGGUUUGAUUUGGAGCUCCAUGCUGGAUUAGUGAGGACUGAAGUUAAUCCCAGCCUCACUAACUGGUUGACCUGUCAAUGCCUCAAAUUAGCAGCUCCAUCUGAUGUCAUCCCGGCGGACGGUCGAGUGCUGUGACUCACCAGCGCCGUGUAGGCGGCAGCAGCCAUCUCUACCUUUAAUCUUCCGCCUCCAUCUCCCUCUGGGUCCAGCAGGAAUUGAAUUUUGGCUUGAAAGCACAGGACGCUGCGCGUCUCCCUCAAUUUCUCGACAGCGCUUUGAUGAAGUCCAGACUCCUCCAGACCACCUUGCCUGGUGGCCGUGCUCACCAGACGCGUCGUCUUGGAAGGGAAAAAUGUUUUUUUCUGUCCUUGCUCUACAGGCGUGGAGGGGUUCUUCUGACCCUUCCAUCUGAAGUCCACUUUCCUCUCUUGAGUUUGCUCCUCAUGGCUCCGUCUGUCAAUGACAAGUGAGCACAAGAUAAGAAGUCUGAAUUCAGAAGUGGAGUUCAACCUUCCGCGACCAUCUACCAGACAUAGUUCAGUCAAAGUGGCAGCAUCGUCGGCCAAACUGUGGAAAGAGUGUUCAGCAUCCAUCCAUCCAUCUACCCAUGCGUCCAUCCAUGCAUCCAUCCAUCCAUCCAUCCAUCCAUGCAUCCAUCAAUAUGCGGGCAGCAGCUUCAAAAGGCCCCACCAAAGGUCCUUCUCCCGGGCUCCACCUGGUCCUGGGUCACCUCCAGAGGGAGGCCUCCAGGUGGUGUCCUCAUGAGAUGCCACCUCGUCUGACAUCUGUUAACGCUCAGAAGCGUUGAGAGAUAAGACCCCAUACCCUCCACUGAUGCACCAUCUGGAGCCCAAAAGCAGACAAAACAAAAUGAGAUGAUUUUGGUUUUAGCCGUUUAUUUAAACGCGUAUUUAAACGAGUCCGAGUCCUGGCUCGUCUGAAGAAGCCUGAUGUGACGGUCCUCGGCUCCGUCCUGUUGAAUGAGCUGUUGUUCUCCUGAACAGGCAUGAACACGCCCUCAGCGGAGGGCAGGAACAGAGCAGGCGGUGGGAGGGGCCUCCGCCCGCCUCCAUUCACUCGGCUGGGUCUCUGCCCCACGCUCUCCUCUGAUUGGACGCGGCCGCUCCUUCCUGCUGAGGGAGCGAGAGAGCGCGCGGGGGGGUGAUGAAAGAAGAAUGGAGCGGUGGGAGCAUGUGAGCGCGCUGACAUGCGAGAGAGAUAGAGAGCAGGCAGAAGGAAAACAAGCGCCGUUCCUCUCCUCGCUCUGCACUGGGCGUCACCGCGGACGAGAUGGAGAGAUGAGCGCAGCGUGUGAGGGGAUGUUGGCAGCGAGAUGGACUCAACCUUCCUCCUCCAUCCGUGAUCCGCUGCGUCUGCCUUCAGCUUCUGCUGCGAUUCCUCCUGGAGUGUCCUCCGACGCAGCCGGGAACUUCUCUCUUCUGACCGUCGUCUGCACGCUUGGCACAGAGGUGGAGUCCACCUGCCUCCCUUCGUGUUAGGAGCUUCCUCCGGUGCCCGCCGGCGUCGGACAGUGCCCGUAGCGGAGGGAGGCCCCUCUCUGAGUCUGGCCACCUGCCGUUGCCUCCUGAGCCAAGCUUGGACUCGGUCUGCGACUCGACCCGUCUCACUGGCGCCCAGCUUCGUGACCUUGCUGGAGCGGUUCCCGAACAAGCCCGACUGUCGCCGCCUUCCUCCAUCACAUGACCUUGGACGAACUCUCGACUGCGUUUGUGGAGAUGAGCACUUCUCUCUCUUCAGGUGGACCAGCCGAGUCUCGGCUUGUCUUUUAAGGCUCGGCUAUCGUGGCCCAGUCUGACCUUCCACCCUGGAAACCAGCCUCACCUGCUGCCCCUCCUUCGUCUCUUGGUUCCACUCGGAUCAAGAGUGUUUCCUGCGCUUUGGUCCCCAGUCCUCCGGAGCCCCCUCUCCUGAACAUCACAUCUGCUGCUGUGGUCCUUCCAAGCCAGAGGCUCCCCGGCUCUCUUACGUGUGUCUCAGUGAGUAAGUCCUGCAUGGACGCUGGAGGCCUCGCUGUCUUCAUUACUGGCUUGAGCUCAUGAAUAAUGGAGCUUCUCCGACCCUACUAAACCUGCUGGACUGGCACUUCAGGGUAGGAGGCGGGUACAUGUGAAGAAGGUGAGAAGCUGUUGGAAGUGGAGAGAUGAAGAGAUGGAGGCCAGGGAGGGAGAGAUGGAAGGAGGUUUGAGAUGAUCCACUGAAGAUCCCCACACUCACUGGACUGACUCUUGGAUGCCAGGCAUCUGUUAGGGACCUGUGUUUGAGCCCGAUCCCAUCGCCUCUCUGACCCGGGAAGGAAGAACCAGAGCCUGAUCAAAGUUUUGGGUGAAUCAUGGACGACUCCAGCAUCCUGCGGCGCCGAGGUCUUCAGAAGGAGCUGAGUCUUCCCAGGCGCGGCAGCUUCUGUCGCAGCAGCAACCGCAAGAGUCUGAUCGUGACGUCCAGCACCUCCCCCACCCUGCCACGCCCACACUCUCCGCUACAUGGACAUGCAGGUUCCAGUCCUCUGGACAGUCCUCGCAACUUCUCCCCCAACACUGCUGCACACUUCUCCUUUGUGCCGGCGCGCAGUCACGGACACAGAGCGGACAGGACGGACGGCCGACGCUGGUCUCUGGCCUCGCUGCCCUCCUCCGGUUAUGGCACCAACACGCCCAGUUCUACCGUCUCGUCCUCCUGUUCAUCUCAGGAGAAGCUGCACCAGCUGCCCUUCCAGCCCACGCCGGACGAGCUGCACUUCCUCACCAAGCACUUCAGCUCAGAGAGCAUCACAGACGAGGAGGGGCGGCGCUCCCCCACCAUGAGGCCUCGUUCCCGCAGCCUCAGUCCCGGCCGGUCGCCCGUCUCCUUCGACCACGAGAUCGUGAUGAUGAACCACGUGUACAAGGAGCGCUUCCCCAAGGCCACCGCUCAGAUGGAGGAGCGCCUGGCGGAGAUGUUGAGCUCCUCCGCCCCCGACAAGGUGCGCCCCCUGGCCGACGGGGUCCUGAGCUUCAUCCACCACCAGCUGACGGAGCUGUCGCGCGACUGCCUGGCCAAGAGUCGCGACGGCCUCAUCACCUCGCGCUACUUCUACGAGCUGCAGGAGAGUCUGGAGAAGCUGCUGCAGGAUGCUCACGAGCGCUCCGAGAGUGUGGAGGUCACCUUCGUCACCCAGCUGGUGAGGAAGCUGAUGAUCGUCAUCGCGCGACCCGCGCGGCUGCUGGAGUGUCUGGAGUUUGACCCCGAAGAGUUCUACCACCUGCUGGAGGCAGCAGAAGGCCAUGCCAAAGAGGGUCAGGGCAUCAAGUCGGACAUCCCACGCUACAUCAUCAGCCAGCUGGGCCUCACCAGGGACCCCCUGGAGGAAAUGGCCCAGCUGAGCAGCUACGACAGCGGAAACCCGGAAACCCCCGAAACAGACGAGUCGGCGGAAAGUCAGCUGACGACGGCGCCCGCUCCUCCACCGCCCCCCAAGACCAAAACUCCACGAGAGGAAGACUUCGAGACCAUCAAGCUCAUCAGCAACGGAGCGUACGGCACCGUCUUCCUGGUGCGCCACAAAGAGACACGCCAGCGAUUCGCCAUGAAGAAGAUCAACAAGCAGAACCUGAUCCUGCGGAACCAGAUCCAGCAGGCCUUCGUGGAGCGGGACAUCCUGACCUUUGCCGAGAACCCGUUCGUGGUCUCCAUGUUCUGCUCCUUCGAGACCAGGCGACACCUGUGCAUGGUGAUGGAGUACGUGGAGGGUGGCGACUGCGCCACGCUGCUGAAGAACAUCGGGCCGCUGCCCGUCGACAUGGCGCGCAUGUACUUCGCCGAAACCGUCCUGGCGCUGGAGUAUCUGCACAACUACGGCAUCGUGCACCGCGACCUCAAGCCCGACAAUCUGCUCAUCACGUCGCUGGGACACAUCAAGCUGACCGACUUCGGCCUGUCCAAGAUCGGACUCAUGAGUCUGACCACCAACCUGUACGAGGGUCACAUCGAGAAAGACACGCGGGAGUUCCUGGACAAACAGGUGUGCGGGACUCCCGAGUACAUCGCGCCCGAGGUCAUCCUGCGCCAGGGUUACGGGAAGCCGGUGGACUGGUGGGCCAUGGGGGUGAUCCUCUACGAGUUCCUGGUCGGCUGCGCCCCCUUUUUUGGAGACACUGCGGAAGAACUCUUCGGUCAGGUGAUCAGCGACGUGAUCACGUGGCCGGACGAGGAGGAGGUUCUCCCUCAGGACGCCCAGGACCUCAUCACCAAACUGCUGCGACAGAACCCUCUGGAGCGACUGGGCACCGGAAGCGCCUACGAGGUGAAGCAGCAUGGCUUCUUCACCGAGCUGGACUGGAACAGUCUGCUGAGGCAGAAGGCAGAGUUCAUCCCUCAGCUGGAGUCCGAGGACGACACCAGCUACUUCGACACUCGGUCCGAUCGCUACCACCACGUGGACUCGGAGGAGGAGGACGACACCAACGACGAGGAGCACGUGGAGAUCCGGCAGUUCUCCUCCUGCUCGCCUCGCUUCAGCAAAGUCUACAGCAGCAUGGAGCGUCUGUCUCUGCACGAGGAGAAGAGGACCCCCCCGCCGACCAAGCGCAGCCUCAGCGAGGAGGUGGGGGACCGCGUGGACAGCCUGAGCGGCCUCAAGUCCAGGGAGCGGUCCUGGCUGGUGGGGUCCCCCGAAAUACUGCGAAAGCGCCUCUCGGUGUCGGAGUCGUCCCACACCGAGAGCGACUCCAGCCCGCCGCUGACGGUCCGCCGGCGCUGCUGCUCUGCCAUCAUCGAGAUGCCGCGCUUCGCCAUCUCCACAGAGGAGGAAGGAGGUGGCCGCAAGAGUCCCGGCGUGCUCAGGGGCCCGAGGGCCGAGGAGCUUCCCGUCGUCAUCCCGGAGCUGCCUCUGGAGAGAGAACUGAAGCUGGACGAGUCUCCGACCGCGUCCGGUCCCACGUCCGGCCAGCAGAGCAAAGCCACCGUCACAGCAGGAGGCAUGGGGGAGGGCAGUGAUGGAGGCUGCGCCGCCGCCAAGGUCGCGCUGUCCGCCGACUCUCCGGCAACCCCCAAGGCCAUCAGCGACCUGGCGGCUCGGCGGGCGCGUCACCGCCUUCUCUCCGGGGACACGGACAAGCACGCGACUCCGAGCUCCCGGCCGCUGAACAAAGUCAUCAAGUCGGCGUCGGCCACCACUCUGUCGCUCAUGAUCCCGGCAGACCACUACGUAGCGUCUCCUCUGGCCAGCCCCAUGUCCCCCCACUCCCUGUCGUCCAACCCAUCCUCCCGAGACUCCUCCCCGAGUCGAGACCUUUCCCCGGCCGUGACCAACGUCAAGCCCGCCAUCGUCAUCCACCGCACCGGGAAGAAGUACGGCUUCACGCUGCGAGCCAUCCGGGUCUACAUGGGCGACUCGGACGUCUACACGGUGCACCACAUGGUCUGGCAUGUGGAGGAAGGAGGACCGGCCCACCAGGCAGGGCUGAGGGAGGGAGACCUGAUCACCCACGUCAACGGGGAAGCGGUUCACGGGCUGGUCCACACGGAGGUGGUGGAGCUGAUCCUGAAGAGUGGCGCUAAAGUCUCCAUCGCCGCGACUCCCUUCGAGAACACGUCCAUCAAGGUGGGCCCGGCCAGGAAGACCACACACAAGUCCAAGAUGGCGAGACGCAACAAGAAGAGCAAGAGCAAAGAGGGCCAGGACAGCAAGAAGCGCAGCUCACUCUUCCGGAAGAUCACCAAACAGGCGUCUCUGCUGCACACCAGCCGCAGCCUCUCCUCCCUCAACAGGUCGCUGUCCUCUGGAGAGAGCGGACCCGGGUCCCCCACCCACAACCUGUCGCCUCGCAGCCCCACGCAGGGCUACCGCUCCACGCCAGACUCCACUCACUCGGUCGGGGGGAACUCGUCCCAGAGCAGCUCUCCAAGCUCCAGUGUCCCAAAUUCCCCGGCCAGCUCGGGACACAUCCGACCCAGUUCCCUGCACGGCCUCGCUCCCAAGCUGCAGCGCCAGUAUCGCUCGCCCAGACGCAAGUCUGCUGGCAACAUCCCGCUCUCUCCUCUGGCCCGCACGCCCUCCCCGACGCCGCAGAGCAGCUCCCCGCAGCGCUCGCCCUCGCCCCUGCCGGGACACCCUCUGGCCCAGUCCACCGGGGGUCAGUCGUGUCCGCUCAAGCUGCACUCCUCGCCGCCGCUAGUCAGGCACAUCUCCAGACCCAAGAGUGCCGAACCUCCGCGCUCCCCGCUUCUCAAGAGGGUCCAGUCGGCAGAGAAGCUGGCCUCCUCGCUGUCCGGCGGGGUGGCGGCCGCCGCCGCUGGAGACAAGAAGCCGCCCGGCGGGUCGGCCGCGGGGGGUCGGAAGCACAGCCUGGACGUUUCACACUCGGACUUCAAGAAGGACAUCCUGCAGAGAGAAGCCAGUCUCCACAGUCUGCAGGAGUCGGCGGCCGAGAGCCUCCUGUCCCCUGCGGGCCGCGGUGUGGAGAAAGGCAGUCUGCAGAAGCACCCGUCAUCCCGGAAACUGGGACGCCAGGAGGGAGGCGGGGCCCCGGCCGCUCUGCCCGGCUCCCUGGGCCUGGUCGCGGGGAAGAGCAAGUUGAAGGACAAACUCUCGGCCAUCCGCCAAGACCGGGCCGAACGGAGGGAGUCGCUGCAGAAGCAAGAGGCCAUCCACGAGGUGGACUCGUCCGAGGACGAGACGGACGACGGCUCCGAGGACAGCCAGGAAGGACGCAGGGUGACCGCCUUCACCCCGCCUCUGCUGAGGCCCACCACGGUCCGGACCGGCCCAGGAGGAACUCUCCCGUCCCUCUGUCUCUCGCCCAGCACGCCUCACGCCACCUUCAGCCCUGCGGGUCGACAUGUGACCCCGCACGGCCCGCCCCCCGCCACCGAGGGGACGGCCGGUGUGGGUGACCCCUCGACGGAGCUGAGCCGCACCGCUGAACCCCCUCAGGGUUCCCUGCCUUUCUCCACUCCGGGCAGCGCGUUCAUCUCAGUCAAUAAAGAGAGCUUCGCCAAGCCCACCCCACCGCCGGCCUUGAGGAGCUCCAAGUCUGGUCCAGCAGAGCGGGCUGUGGAAGCCAAUCCGCCAAACACCCCGGAGCCCGCCACUCCUGCCUCGCGCACCUCUUGCUCCUCUCCUGGGAUCCCCAAGGAGAAAAAGGAGGCAGACAAUCGCAGACUUUGUGCCGCCGCCGCUGCCACCUCACCCUCUGAGAGUAGUGUUGAAAAAGUGGUGGUUCAGCAGGCGACCGUUGCCAAGAGCGUCCUGGGUCCCGUCAGACUCGGAAGCCUCGCGGAUAAAACGCCCCACGGUGUCGCUUUAGACAUCCCACCCCAUCCCACCCCAGCUCAGUCGCCUGGCAUCCGGCGGCGAGCAGAGCAGGCGUCGUCCCCCGCCACCCCGCUGAGGCCCCCCAGAUUCACUCAGAAGGACCCGGUGCCACUGCCUAGCAAGGGCGCCUCGUCCGCCGCCACCGCUGCUGCCUCUUCGCGAGCUCCACCAAACCCUGAGCCUCAUGGCAGGAAGACUGUCGCGCAGAAAACAAGUGCCAUGUCCAGCGCGACCCAACAGGACAGACCGGGCUCCAAGAAGACGUAGCAGAGCCGAUCCAGAACUCCCAGUUCUGAUGAUUCCCUGAGCGAGUCCAGGCUGAGGAGGACACGGGACUCACUUGGAGGGUUGGAAGAGAGAAGAACCCAGCGCUUCAACAAACCUGCCGUCGUCCGAGUCAGAUCUGCCCUGGUAUCACUCUGGUAUCUGCCUCGUUUUGUUUCUGGACCAAGUGGCUGUGGUUUCCUUCCUGUUUCGGGCUCAAAAGUGUUGAAGCUUUCUGUGUGUUGUGUGUGUGUGUGAAAGAGAGUCGGUGUUGUGCAUGUUCUCUCUGUGAGCAUUUAAAACACUGUGCGUGUGCGUGUCACGGGUCGGUGUGUGGGUGUUUGCUGUACGUGAGCUCCCUUCUGCUUUCGUGGGCCGGAUCUGGUUUCAUGGACCUCAGGCGAGGAAGACGUUAGGUCAGAGUAGAGGUGGACCCUUGGUGGACGGCCUUCAACAAGUUCAGGAGCUUCAAACCCGUCCGUGUCAGGAGGGCGAGAGCUGGAGCGCCUGACUGGUCUCCCUACUGAGGAAGCGUCUGCUUUCUUUACUCACCCAAAGUAGACAUCAUGCGCAGGUGAAACCCGCCCCUGGAGCCAGUCACUGAGCUGAGCAUCCUCCAACUGUCAGAGGUCCCGGGGCGGGUUUAUAAUGCGACUCCCCACUCCCGCCACCAUCUUGCUCCAGGAUAUCCACCACUGAGGUCGGACCAUGAGUCCCUCCGCGUGCUACACUCUGUGUGCCUUCUCACGCACGACAUCAGCGAGAGCUCUGCACACGUCUGCGCCGUUGGUGAAGCCUGUGCCGCCUCAGAAGCUCCGAUUCACGGGGAGCACACACACCGUCUAACACACACGUACUCAGCAUAUUUGUGUUCUUGUUGACCUUCCUUGUGUCUGUCACUCGCUGACGUAGCGGCGUGUUUGUACAGGAAAUGUGUGGCUGCUGCCUGGGUUUGCUUGACUGUGGAUGUGUGCGGUGCGAGAUGUGCGCACUCACACACUGCGCCAAGUGUCCGGAGGACUCGUGUCACCCGCCUCUGUGAGUCAGCUCCGAUGAGGAGGAUGAAGAUUGAUGGGAGACUCAAAGACAGUGCAAUAUCAUUGUACUUCUGAUGCGGUGGAAGCAUGCGACAAUAAUAAAGGUUUU